GCUGGGAAAAAUAUUGAUGUCGACGAACUACUAGCGUCAUUUGCAAUUGACUUACCUGAUGAACACACCGAUCCUGAGAAGUUACUACGCAAAGAGUUAUUAUCACUUAAGCAAAUGAGAAAAACCCUUACUGAUAUUGAUCAUGAAGUUAAGAAGUGUGAACGUAAAGAAGAGAAAUCGAAAGCUAUGAAACCAAGGGAAAAAGCUAAAGAAGAAGCGAUGAAGCUUCUUAAGUCAGGAGCAAUAUCAAUUGAGAACAAAAAUGAGCGUCACACAUUUAAACGUAAACCUAAGGAAAGUGAAGAAGAUGAGGUGCCAGGACCCAACGUAAAACAGUCACUCUACCGCAAUUUUCUACCUGGUCCAAUACUUAACGCGUUGGGACCUGAGGAAAAAAAAAUAACGGAUGUUUCAGAUUCAUGCAGUGUCGAUCAGUUACAUUCUCCGAACCGACCAGUGCACUCUACCUUAUAUGUUGGAUAUCAUAAUAUCACUGAAUCUUUUAUUCAUGAUGUUUUCAAGCCUCAUGGUACCGUUGUAAGGAUUAGGAUUGGUAAUCCCUCCAACCAUGCCUACGUUACAAUGGCUACGAAUCAAAUGGCCCAAAGUGCAUUGAAGGUAAGGGAAGUAACUACCUAUUCCCUUGAAUUUUAGCUAGAUCACCAAAUGGUAAGCAAUCGUCUUUUGCGUGUAUCGUUUGCUCGGAGACCUUUCCACGUGAAACCUUUUUCACCUACAAAAUAUAGUCCAUAUCGGUCAUUUCGAAAACCAGCUUGCUGUAACUCUAACGAGGAGCCUUCAAACAGAAUAUCAAGCGAACUUAAUCGAGAUCUAAUUACUUAUGAGGACUUGUAUUCUGAUAAAUGAACUGUACAAUUAUAUUUAAUAAACUGUU